AGCCAUGGUCGUAUGACUACACACCAUCAGAUUCUGACUGAAAAUCUGAAAAAAAUGGCUUUCUCAGGAAGAAAGUACUGAAAUCAAGAUUCCGUCAGAAAUGAUCUCAAGAUUGUCGACUUGUGAAAAUAGUCAUCAUGUAAUUAUUCUAAAUGAUUAGAGUGUGUGGCCUGACGAUUGAUCAGUCCUACAUACAAUCGAAAGCAAAUAAGUGCCAUUUGUUUUUUAGAACGUGUGUGACUCAAAUUCAUUAUAUGGAAAUUUCAAUUAUUAUAUAAGCAAAAAUUAUGAUAUAGUCUGUUUGAGGGAAUCAAAUUUUUCGGACGAUUAGCCUUUGAUGAGAAAAGUCUUGGAUAGCGCUACUGUAUGUCGCUAUUUCAAGGUGCUCAAUAGCGCCAUCAUCGAUUUCUCGCGUUGAUCCGAGAUAUCUGAUCGUUUUAAAUAAGAUUCUUAAUAUUUUCUGACUAUAUCCGAGCUUUCUAUCCAAUCAAUUUGAAUCCUACACAUUUGAGAUUGUUUACACUUUUUCAUGCAAUCGAAUUUUAUCACUCCUCACAUGUUAUAUAACGAUCUGCAGUAGAUCGUUAUAUAACAUAUACGCUUACACUGCGUUUUUAACUUGGUUCAGUCCCAGUCCUAAUUUAGUGAAAAAUGACACUGUUCAAGCUCUCCUUGUAAUUGACUAAUGAGACAACACUCAAGGUUUGAGUUCAGAUCGAUAAGGGUAUACAAACCAGAUUAACAAGAGUCAUAUAAACGUGGUUUUAUAAUGAAAAUAAGAAGCACUUGUAAAACUCUUCCCAUAUGAAGGAUACAUUUUGUUUAUUGCCUACAGAGAUAAAGAAAUCUAGAACCUCUUUUACAAAAAGCUUAUGUUGAGCAAAGUGAUAAAUUCGCACCUAAGGAAGUGAUCGAAUAUUCUACUCUUCUCGAAAAUUCUAGAAAAUGUCUUUUGCUUUUCUAGCAAUUAACGUCUACCAAGAUUAUUAUUAUGGAUAAUUUGAUCUUUUUCUUCCACACUAAAAGCAAUUGUGUAUCUCUUUAAGAGAGUAAAAGAAUUUGACUGUGUCAUUGUGACUGAGACAAAAACAGCUGCAUUCAAUUUCUUACUGAAUGAUCAUUAUCUAUUUAGUCGUCCCGUCAUCUAGGUUUGCAUGGUACCUUCCAGUAAUUUGAUUCAGUGGUUUGGUUAGAUCGUUACAUAAGAUGAUCAUAGGCUUUUUUCCUCUUUUGGCAUUGUAUAAUAAGUCUUUCUUCACAUCUGAAUGUCUCAUUCAUUUUAGAUUGAAAAAUUGAUCAUGGAUAAUAUUAUUAAAGGCAUUCUAAAUAGUUCACAUUCGUUCAAAACUCAGAAACUGUUACUAUUAAAAAUUCGUGAAUCAUAUUUAAAGUCUAUCUGUCAAACAACUGCUUCUCCAUCGUCCUACGAUGAAAUUGAUCGACUUAUUUUGCCUGAUGUAUUAACAAAUAGCACUACUGAUGAUACUUUUCUUGUUGAUAAAAAUAUUUGCUAUCGAAUUGUGGAUAUCGUUCGACAAAAAUGUACUAGUAGUAUUGAUUCAGACAAGUCUGAAAUACUCCGAGAAUGCCUAAAAUGUUGUCAUGAACAAUGUUUAUGUUUAAUAGCUGAAUAUUUAACUAAAGAUCAAAAUCAAAUUGAUUUAUCGAUGAAAUUUGUUCAGUUGCUAAGUGGACAAUUACCAUCGACCAUUGGACGUGGAUUUUUAGAACAAGUUAUUUCUGAAAGACAAAAUUUGAAUAAUGAAGUGCUCGGUUCUAUUUUAACAACAAUUGUGAAUGAUAAUAAUUUGACGCCAUCUCGACGUUCAUUGUGCUAUUAUGAAUUAGUUAAAUUAUUAUCACGUCGAUUAAAAACGCUUGAAAAUACGUACGAUUAUGUUAUAUUAUUUUGUAAACAACUUUCAUCCACUAUUGAACAAUUAUGCUCGCAAAAAGAUAAUCAAACAGUUAUUUUAAAUGAUAUCAUCAACGGUGUAACCAAUGGAAUAUUAAUUUUUUUAGCUGAUACAACAGCAGUAUCGUCUAUGGAUGCAAAUGAACCAUCCAUUGCAUUAGCUAGUGUCAUCGAUUUAUUACAUGAACAACCAAAUAUAAAUAUAUUAGAUUCGUUCAUUUUGACAAUCGACGAUGAGCGUCUUCUCAUGUGUUUAAAUCGUCUCGGACAACUAUCUCAUUGGGCAUGUUCGACAACAAAACCGUCACAAUGGUUAGUAUCAAUUUGGACACUAUUAUUACAACGUGAACGUUCAUUGCUUGUUGCUGAUUCAGCUUGUUCAGUUAUCCCUGGUUUGAUAGAAAGUCUAGACAAUUUAUUAUGUGUAAAUAAUGUUAUAGUAGUGCUUUGUUGGAUAUUGGUCAAUCAGCCUCAUCAUUUGCUUACAUUCGGCGAAACGUUACGGAAAAAAAUGUCGCUCCUAUUUGAUUGUAAUGCAAACAUAAUGUUAAAUACAGAGUUUCUUAAUUUAAUCGAAAGUUGUCGAUAUGCACUCAAUUCCCUGAUUGAUGAACAACCAACAGACAUUGAUUCUUUGAAAUCAUUACUGCAAACAUUACCACGAUCAAAACAAUCCGCUGCAAGAGAUAUAAGAUUACUAAAAUGUCAAAUAACAUCAAUUUCAUCAAGUUCAAAUUCGAUCAAAAUUCGCACUCACGACAAAGUUGGACUGGUUAAUAUUGGAAAUACAUGUUAUCUAAAUGCCAUCGUUCAAGCUCUUUACGCAUGUACUGAAUUUCGAAAUAAUCUUCUCAGUAUACAACCAUCAGCAAAUAAUGAAUUGCUAAAAUCACUGCAAAAUUUAUUCGGAUUUCUUGCAUUGUCACACCGUCCAAUUUAUCAUCCUGAAAAAUUUUGGCUUCAAGCAAAACCCGUUUACUUUGAACGAAAUCAUCAACAAGACUGUCAAGAAUUUUUAAGACAUUUAUUGGAUUCUUUACAUGAAGAAGCCAAAAAACAAACAAAUGAGUUAGUUAAACGCCAUUUAAUGGGUACAAUGGUUCAUGUUUGUAAAUGUUCAAACUGUUCACAAGUGACACAAUCUCGUGAUCCAUUUUAUGAAGUAUCGAUAGGCUUAAACGACGGUACAAAUUCAGUGGCUGAUACCGAUCAAGGAAAUUUUGAAUUACAAUCGUUGAUUGAUCAUAUGUUUGACUGGGAACAGUUAGUUGGUGAUGAUCAAUAUGCAUGUGAAACUUGUGGUCAAAAACAAGAUGCUACAAGAAGAAUGUUUAUAACAUCGUAUCCGAAUUAUCUUGUUUUAUUAUUAAAACGUUUUAUAAGAAAUAAAUUAACGGGAAAAUAUGAAAAAUGCCUGGCUAAAACAACAUUACCAAUGACAAUUACUUUGCCAACAACAAAUGAACCAGUAACAUACCGACUCAUAGCGAUUGUUAUCCAUCACGGACUAUCAAUGAAUAGCGGUCAUUAUUAUUCAUUCGUCUUGCAUAAUGAUAUUUGGUGGUUAUUCAAUGAUACGCAUGUUGAAUCACUCUCGUUUGAUAGUGUUUGUAAACAUUUUGAAAAGUUUUCUUCGGCAUCACCCUACGUGAUUAUGUAUGAAAAACAAAAAAAUGAAACAGAACCCAUAGCAAAGCCAAUCAUUUCAUCGGCACUUCAAUCAACAGUUGAUCGAGACAAUGCAAUGUACAGCCAGGAACAAGUUACUGGUAAUAGAAGUACUAUAGGGGAUUCACCAGCCAAUUCUGAACCCUACACUUCUCGUGGAUGUCGUGAUCAAGACCCCGAUCAAGGACCUCGAUGUAUAUUUUAA